UGAAAAUCUCUAAUUGGAAGAGUUAAAGAAAAAAACAUGACUAGCAAAGUUCCAGGCCAGGAGUCUGCCGCCAUCGGGCUCCUCAGCCGUGCUGUGCAGCUGGACACUGCCAAGCGGUUUACAGAGGCUAUUGUCUGCUACCAGGAGGGUAUUCAACUCUUGUUAGAUGUCAUGAAAGUAACACAAGAGGAGAGCAAGAGACAAGCCAUGCGUCAGAAAGUGGAAGAAUACAUGGUCAGGGCAGAGAAGCUUAAAACACACAUUGAAGAAGAAAAACAAUCUGGUAGAUAUCAUGAGCAGAUCCUUAUAAAGAAUGACUCAACAGGCCAUAGCUACGAAAGACUCAUAUCUCGGUUUAUAGAUGGCGAUCUCACCCUGGUUGAAGUUGAAGAUCCAUACAUCAGGAGCAACCACCAGAUUUACAAUUUCCUUAGGUUCUGUGAGGUCCUCAUUAAGGCAAAGCACAAUCACAACUUACAGAGGAUCAUCUUAACAACUGGGAAAGAUGGCAAUAAUCCAAAUAGCACUCAAGCCCAUAAUGAUCAAAAAAGAAAAUUGGAUGAAUUAGCUGCUAAUCUCCUAACAUAUCAAGUUCAGCUACAAGUACAAUACAAGGACAAUCUGCAUGAUAGGGAGAUAAGGUUUGACAAUGGCUGGAUUAUAAAGGUAGGGCGUGGAUUGGACUACUUUAAAGCUACCAAUGGAAAGUUUGUAAUAGGCUUCUGUGAUUUUGACCUGAGAAAGUGUCAUGAAACAACUGUUGAUAUUUUUCAUAAAAAGCACACAAACACAAAAUACGACUGUGGAUAAUGUUUGUUAUUUUUUAUAGAAAACACAAAAGUAUGACUGCAUAAUGUGUAACAGGUUCUAUUAUAACACUCAAAUCUGUGUGAAGUGUAAUAGUUGAUCAUGUGUAAUAUUUCAAUGAAAUCUCACAAAUGUGAAGUUUGGUUUUUGAUAGUGUGUAAUAUUUUUCAAUUAGGCACACAAUUGUGAUGUAUGAGUUUGAAUAAUGUGUAAUAUUUUCUCAAACGCAAAUGUGAAUUAUGACUU